CCAACCCAGGCUCUGAGUUCUUCACUGUCAUGCUGACGGGUUUACCAGAAGGAAAAUACAAACAUGAGGAUGUAGCGAAGCUGGUGUGGCGUUAUUUCCCCAAACAGAACCUGCAGACUCUCUACUACAACAUCUUGGUACUACCGCUGCAGAGAAGGGCCUUUGUGUUCUUCUGCGACUGGGAGGCAUGCUGCAGUUUCGUCUCAGAUUGUGCGAAAAAGCCGGUUUCUGUCAGGAACUGCACUCUCAGCGUCCACUUGGUGCUGGAGGACAUGUAUCCUGGAUCCAGUGAGGAAACGAUGUACAGGACUCUGAUGAAAUGGACGAGUGGUUACGUUCCAAAGCUUUUCUCCCUGGAGAAGCGUCUGGUCAGCGUGGAGAUCUAUGAAGUGAAUAUGAAUCUCAUCGAGAGCAUCAUUAAGGAAGUCGCUGCCAUCGGCAGUUUUAUCAGCUUCGUGCCGCUCACCAACAGGAUUUGCAUCGAAAUGGUUUCUCCCAGUUGUGCUACAAAGGUGCUGCAGGAGAUGCCCUUGAGGAAAGUUUUGGCUACGUAUCCCUGGGGAAAGAUUGGACGUGUUGAGUGUGUGAAGGAUCUAAAUCAGCGUCUGGAAGAGGCCAGUGAGAUCAAGAUAAACCUCGAGGCGGAGACGUCAGCAGUCGGUGGUCAGCCUUCGACCCUGAAAACUCUGGUGGAUUUUCCAAUCUCUGAGCCGCGAGGCGAUGAUGUUGCAGGAGUUAAUUCUGCCGCACCGCCGACUUUAAUCGAAUCAACGGUUUCUAAAUCCGAUUCAAAGCUGGAGGUAAAAGUAUCUGAACCUCCUGAUGUCGUCCUGGACUCCAAAGCUGAAGCAAAUUCAAAAGAAGAAGAAUGUCAACCCUGCAGGGAGACUUCAUCUGCAGCAGAUAACUCUGUCGCCUGGGCACCGUCAGGGAGGAAGCGUCGGCGGCGUAGAGAGAGAAAGCAGAAGCGGGGCUGCAGGGCCGGCGUGCUAAAUAGGCUACGGAGGCAACUACACAAACCACCAUUCCCCAGCCUGUUUCUCUCGAACGCCAGAUCCCCUGCAAACAAGAUGGAUGAACUGAGACUACAGGCUGCAUCUCGCAGCACAGUGAAGGACAGCUGUAGUCUUCUGAGCACGGAGACCUGGCUGCAUCCAGAUGUAGCGGACUCUGCCAUCGAGCUAGCAGGCUGCACAGUACAGCGCCACGACAGAACGAAAGACUCCGAAGCCCUGGAUGACUCAGGAGGUCCAGCGACUGCUAUAGACCAGGAAUACCGCUUUCAGGUCUGGGGACAGGACCGUCUACAGACCAACCUCGCAGCUGCGGAAGGCGACGCCACGCUGGCAGAGGAGCUGAACCUCUUCUUUGCCCGCUUUGAGGUGAAGCCAACAGAGGCAGCCACACUACACCAAGCAACCCACAACACCACACUCCUCGUUGUAGAGGAGCACGAGUCCCCAUACCCAAGAAACCUCACAUCUCUUGCAUCAACGACUACCGGCCAGUGGCACUAA